AUGCUGUCCGCCAUGGGCUUCGAGAGCGGCUCUGGGUGUGGCAGGCGCGGCCAGGGCAUCUCCGCGCCCGUCCACGCAACGGCCAGGGCUCGCCUCGGCAGGGACAGGCUCGGCAUCGGCGCCGAUACCUGCAGGGCCGGCCUCGGCGCGACGGCCGAUGACGCCGGCGGCGCUGCGGAGGGGCCGGCGGCGCCCACGAGGUGGGUGCCCGCCGCCGACGUGCCGCCUCGGGCGCCCGGAGCGCCGGAGCGCCGCGCCUUCGCGAGGUGCUGUGGGCUCCGAGACGCCCGACAGCCUGAAGCAUUAGUUAUUUCUCGUGCGCUCCUCCCCGGCCGCGGCCUCGGACACGCCCGUUGCGCGCUGCGCCGGGCCCCCCCCCCCGACGCGGCCGCAAGCAGCUCCGGGGCCCUCGAGCCGUUCGUCACCUCCCUCCGCACCGUCCGCCGCGGCCGCAACCA